AUGGCUCAAGAAAACCAGCUCGCGCUGUUUAGCGAGACCGAGUAUCAAGACAGGGUGCCCAACGAAUACCCCGUGAGCUGCCCGACCCUUGAUCUCUCGGCGACUUGGGAUGCGGCAGGUAGGAAUCUCCUUGUUUACAGGCCGCCCAGCCAGGUUGUGUCCAAGAUCCACCAGGUUGGCGCGCCUGGUGAGAAAGCCCCAGAGGCGCAGGCCGUAACCUGGAGAUCUGAUGGUCAGUUCCUUGCAGUUGGAUGGAGCGAUGGUUUUGUGCGGUUGAUGGGCUUGGAGAACAACAAGGCUGCCCACCACAUCAAAGUGGGUGAAGGACCAGGAAACAAGAUCACUCACAUUGGCUGGUCCAGCAACAGCAUCACCGACAAGAGCUCCAGCGCGGUAUCUCGAGCUCUCAAGAAUGGCUUGGGAAAAGACCAGUUGUUUGGCGAAGACGGGCUCCCGCAAGACCUGCCACGGGAGCUGACCUUUUUGGAGAUCGAUACAGCUUUGCCCAAGCUCAGCCCUCUGCCAAGCGGGAGCGCUGGGGCAGGCGAGGACGCCAUGGUCUUCACUUUGCGAUCAGGCAUAGACUUCCUCUUCCGAAGCCCGAAGCCAGAGGAAUAUGACAAGGUCAACAUCAUGAUCAUCGGGAGCAGCGAUGGGAAACUUCAACUCAGCAUUUACGACUCCUUCAUCGUCGGUAGCUUUCUGUGCCCAACCCUUGGCCCUUCGCCAAACCCGCAGCUGGUCCUCCAUACCUCACAUCCACAGGUUUCGACUCAGGCUUUACUCCUCGCAGAGAAGCCGAUCGAUGCAGAAGAAGUGCACCUGGUUCCGAUGGAUUUGCCCUUCAUCUCAUCUUCGCCCAUAAAUCUCUCGCUUCUGGCAUCCAAGUUGACAACCGUGCAAAAGCUGUUGAGAUAUCUCAAGCAAACACAACUUCACCUGCAAGUCGAAUGGAAGAAUACGCGAGAGCUUCCAACAAGGUUCUUGAGAAGCAUUGAAGGCGACCUCGAGAACCUCGAGACUGGCCCCCGAAGUAUUGUCCCAGCUCUAUAUCACUUGGCCAUGACGGGACACGCAUAUGAGCCUGUCCGUGAAUGGCUGGUUGAGAGUCUCGCAGAGCGGGGCCACAAACGCUGGGACAAGGCAGUGAUGUCAGGUCUAGAAAACCUUCGAAGCCUCAUACAUGAGAACUUCCUACCUGCCCUAGACCGCUGCGGGAUCAUCCUCAGCAGAUUGCGAGGCCUGGCCCAGUUUCACGACGCCCGAGACGAUAUCGGCUUUUCAGCAACGCAAAUCAGCCGUUUAAUGGACGUCAUCGGCAGUCUUAACUUGAUAGGCCACAAGAUUUUAAUCUACGUCAUGGACGAACUCGACAGCUUCAAGACGUUCUCGACGUGGCUUCGCUUCCAGAUCGACCGCCUCGCUUCGUCCAGCUCAGUAAGCGAGGAGCUCACGGAGAAGGAGGCGACUAUGGAUACAGAAAAGGUCCUCGCGUAUAUUCAAAAUUACCUAACGGAUAGUUCUCUGAAGGUCUUCUUUGAUGAGAUACAGCCAGAGGACUACGAAGCAGAUUGGUCUCAUAUAGAGGAUGUGCCAAGCCUACUUGACGUUCUAGACAAGCAACUGGCGAAAAUGGAGAGAGGAGAGCCCAGCAUGAAGGCCUUGACACAUGUUGAGUUCCUUGUUGCGUUUGCAACGACGUGGGCAAACCGCAUCUUCGAUGGUAUUGCGGAAGCAAAAAGGCGAAGCGUUCGGUUCGGCAAGCCCAUCAAACUAUCAGUCGGCCAUCCCAUCUCACAGAUGGACAUGAGGAUGUGCAAGACAAAGACUCGGGGUGUGAGAAUCAUGACAGCCUUGACGUCCAAGGAGACAAGGAGUCAGGUUCACAUCUUCUGCGCUGGAAUCGACAUUAUCAACGGCAUCAGCACCAACCAGUCCCCAACGAGUUGCUGCAUUGAUCUCGGUUCUCGUACUUUGGUCGAUUUCAAAUUCCUCAACGAUGAGACUCUUGUCAUUCUUUGCAAUGACCAAGACAAUAAGCACCAUGUUCUAUGCGUGCCUGUCCAGCCAGACAAGCUUCCGUACAGCGAAUAUGAUGCCGGGAAUCAGACUGAGACCUCUCGUGUGUCGGCCGAUGACCUCACGACGUAUUCAUUCCCUGAAAACUCAGUGCUCAAGCCACUACGCAUGGAGGCAUUUGACAGGAACGAGGCGAGGGGAGAAAUGCCAGCGAGGAUUUGCUUGCUAGAGAGCAAUCGAACCGUGCUCAAGACCUUUUCACUUCCCAGCUCUUCAGCUUGA